UUUUUCAAUCUCUGCAGACCAUUUCAAUAGAAGCCAUGCAUCCUUUUCCCAUCGUCUUUUUUAUCUUCUUCACAUAUUUCUUACCAAUCUCUCUCGCUGAGAUCCGAUUCUUGCAGGUUCGCUCCGACAACCGGCCCGUAAUCCUAUUCGACGAAUUCGGGUUCACCCACCGCGGUCGCCUCGAACUGAACGUUUCCAGAAUUGCACUUGAUGGCCCCGACAACUUGGAGCUCACCCGAGUCGGGUUCUUCCUUAGUACACCCGAAUCAUGGCUGCAGCUUCUUCAGCAGAUUGAUGAUGGAGAGAUUAAUUGCGUUCUCCAGUCUGAUUACGCCAAGGUCGUCUACCUGUUCGAUCAUUUGCUCGGCAAUUCUUCCUUCAAUACGCUUUAUACCGAGUCUGGUUCCGGUCAGUACAGUCUCAUUUUCGCUAAUUGUCUGCCUCAGCUCACGAUUUCUAUGGACGUUCGGUCGGCGAUGUACAAUCUCGAUGGAAAUUCGGGGGAGACCCGGGACUAUCUCUCCGCGGGGAUGACGGUUUUACCUAGGGUUUAUUUUAUCCUCUCUCUCGUUUAUUUUGGCUUGGCUGGUGUCUGGAUUUUUGUACUAUACAAGAAGUAUUUGACAGCUUUUCGCAUUCAUUACUUCAUGCUUGCGGUGGUGAUUUUGAAAGCCCUGAAUUUGCUUUGUGAAGCUGAGGAUAAGUCAUAUAUUAAACAAACUGGAAAUGCUCAUGGAUGGGAUGUGUUGUUUUACAUAUUCAGCUUCCUGAAGGGAGUCAUGCUGUUCACUGUGAUAGUGUUGAUUGGGACUGGUUGGUCAUUCUUGAAGCCAUACUUGCACGACGGGGAGAAGAAGGUAUUGAUGAUUCUAAUACCACUACAAGUGCUGGCUAACAUUGCACAGGUUUUGAUUGAUGAAGCCACUCCAUAUGGAAUUGACUGGAUAACUUGGAAGGAAGUGUUCAUUCUUGUUGAUGUUAUCUGCUGUUGUGCUGUUCUCUUCCCUAUUGUUUGGUCAAUUAAGAAUCUCCGUGAGGCUGCCAGGACCGAUGGGAAAGCCGCUGUGAAUUUGAUGAAAUUGACUUUCUUUAGACAUUACUACAUUGUGGUUAUAUCGUACAUCUACUUCACUCGUGUUGUGGUUUAUGCUUUGGAAACAAUCACCUCAUAUAGGUAUGUAUGGACUAGUGUGGUGGCAGGGGAAUUGGCAACACUUGCUUUCUAUGUGUUUACUGGGUACAAGUUCAAACCUGAGGCACAUAAUCCGUACUUUGUAAUCGAUGAUGAUGAUCAGGAUGAUGCAUUGAAGCUUGAAGAUGAGUUUGAAUUGUGAAUCUAAUCAACCUCCAGUCAGGUUUUUGUCCAAUUUAACGAAUGUUGUCACAGUGCUUCUGUAUUUGGUUCUAGUCUGUGAUGAAACAUUUUCAUACCAUUCGGUUCACAGUAUUUUGGAACCAAGAAAAUGCUAGGAAAAGAAAACUGGGAGGAAAUCUAGAUUAAAAAACAUGCAAAGGAAAAUUGAAGGAAUUUUUUUGUUAAAUACAAACUUAGCUAAUCUGUUUUAGACUUUUAGAUAUUCAUUUGAAAUCAUUUUAUUUAUUUAUGUAUUUAUUUAUAUAUUUAUAUUAUAACUAAUAACUCUGAGAGUUAACUUUUUAUCAAACAGACUCUUAUUUCAUUUUCCUUUGUAUUUUGCAAUGAAAUAUCAAUAUAAGAAAAUAAUGUUCCUAGCAAUUUCUCUCCUUUAUCUAGUUUUUUUCUGUGAUCCAAACACACUCUAAACUCUAAAGGUCUAAUUUUUUCUCAAGAAAGUGGAAAACCUUUCAUUCUUUUGAGAUUUGUGCCAUUGGCUAAAUGCCAUUUGCAUAACUUUAUGAACUAUAGUCUUCUUUUUUAUUAACUCGCCAUAAGCCUAUAACUUUGAUGAUGAUGAGAUAAUAGUUGUGUAGUUGGCCAAUUUUGCCUUCUAUCUCACUCUGCUGAAUAAGAUCUGUUGGGAUAUGAGAAACUUCAAGUCUUGCUAUUAUGUAUUGAUUGAUGUUUGUUACGUAAAGAUUAAUAUAAAUAGCUUGUAAGGUGUUCUAUCAUUGCACCUAUUAUGGACUAGCUGGAGAGACCAUCAUGUGAAGCAUUUCUGAAUAGAUAAAGAAUUUCUGCUUU